CCUUCUUGUGUUGAUGUUUGUAUGUUUCUAGACACAUAAACAUGAUCGAAAUACAAAAUUUCAUUGAUGGCAAAUUCACAUCCACUGAAACAUACAUCGACAGUUUUAAUCCAUCCACUGGUCAAGUUCACGCGCAAGUACCUAACAGCACUGCACAAGAUGUCGACCUAGCUGUGAAAGCUGCAGAGAAAGCUAUGCCGGCAUGGCAAGCUUUGAGUCCAAAAAACCGUUCAGACAUCAUGCUAAAAAUUGCUUCGUUGAUUGAUAGUCGUUUCAAUGAGCUGGCAGCAGCUGAAUCGAAUGAUCAAGGCAAACCAUUGUGGUUAAGCAAGGCUGUUGAUAUACCUCGCGCAGCACAUAAUUUUCGUUUCUUUGCCACCGCCAUCUUGCAUCAGAUGAACGAAUCCACUCAGCAGCCAGAGUUUAACGCCAUAAAUUACACUGUACGUACGCCCUGUGGUGUGGCGGGGCAAAUCACGCCAUGGAAUCUUCCGUUAUACCUGCUCACUUUCAAGUUAGCACCAGCCAUAGCUGCUGGUUGUUGUGUGGUGGCGAAACCAAGUGAAAUGACUUCAGUGACUGCGUGGAUGUUGUGUUCAAUUCUAAACGAGGCUGGUUUACCUGCCGGUGUUAUAAAUAUGGUUUUUGGUACUGGCAAAGAUGCUGGCUCAGCAAUUGUUGAACAUUCGGACGUGAAGUUAAUCUCCUUCACUGGCUCCACACCCGUUGGGAAGCUUAUUCAAGAAAAAAGCUCAGCACAUGUGAAGAAACUCUCCCUGGAGCUUGGCGGUAAAAAUGCUGGCAUUAUUUUCGCGGAUGCUGAUAUUGAAAAAUGUAUUUCAACUUCCGUGAGGUCUGCUUUCGCCAACCAAGGAGAAAUUUGUUUAUGUACAAGCCGUCUGUUUGUUCAGAAGGAGAUUUAUGAAGAGUUUUGUACCAAGUAUGUCGACCAAGUGAGACAACUGAAAGUGGGACCACCUGAUGAUCCAGACACAAAAGUUGGUGCGUUAGUUAGUAAACAGCAUUUGGAGAAGGUAAAAGGUUACGUUGCACAGGCUGUAAAAGAUGGCGGCAUAAUAUUGUGUGGAGAGACAACGGACGGGGCUUUAGAUUUACCAGACGCUAACAAAGAGGGAUACUUUAUGCGUCCCACAGUUAUAUGUAACUUAGACGAUUCAACAAAGUGCAUGCAAGAAGAAAUAUUCGGUCCAGUUGUUUGCAUAUCACCGUUUACAACAGAGGAGGAGGUGAUUGGAAGAGCCAAUAAUGUUUCUUACGGUUUAUCGGCGACGUUAUGGAGCAAUGAUGUGUCGAAAAUACAUCGAAUUGCUCCAAAAUUACAAGCUGGUACGAUCUGGUGUAAUUGUUGGCUUGUGCGUGACUUGCGUAUGCCAUUUGGUGGGUUGAAAAUGUCAGGUAUCGGAAGAGAAUCUCAACACGAGUCUUUAGAAUUUUACUCGGAACAAAAAAAUAUAUGUAUACAGUUUUAAAAUGUGUAACUAAGUAAUUAAUUGGAAAACAAAAAAUAAGGGAGCGUCGUCACUAGCACUGCGCCCGAUCUCUACGCCCUAUCUGUACGCCCGUUCUGUACGCCCAAAAACUCUUUCCUUCAAUAUAGGGAAUUUUAUGUUGAAAUUAUCAUGACCAUUGUUUUUUGCAGACAUGAUGUCGAGCAUUUAGUCGAUAAUCGUAACACUGUCGUAAAAAGUAAAGGCGAACUUUUUUCUGGUUUAGUGAAGGUGAAAACAAUAAAAGUCUUUUUAUAAGUGAGACAGUUAUAGCUUGACUCAUGUCUUGCUUUAGGUGUAAAAUGGUAUUUAAAAAAGGAAUAUUUAAAAAAAAUUAUUUGUAGUUUUUUAGUAUUUUUUGUAUCUGUGUUUUUUAUGCAACAUAGAGAAGCAUUUUUUCAACAA